AUGCCGAAAAAAUUUGCAACGGAGAAUCCGAAAGUUGUAGCGGCUCGAGAUCGGAAAGCAACUGCAAAAAAGGACGAAGUAGAUCGGAAGCAAAAGGUAUGAAAGUUAUAUUUAUUGAAAAAAGUGUAUAACAAUUGUAUUGUUUAGGCAGCUGAUGAUGCAUAUUGGAAAGAUGAUGACAAACUAGCCAAUAGAAAAUUGCAAAGAAAGGUAUGUGCAGCAAAAAAUGAAAAAGAAAAACUAUAUUGAAAAAGAUGGAGAGAAUUGUAAAUGUAUAUACAUUUCUAGGACGACGAUGAGAAAAAGCGUCUAGAAGCAAUAAAAAGAAAAGAAGAAAAUCGGAAACUGGCUGAAGAGGAAAUGUCGAGUUUAGGAGCUAAGAAGGUUCAAGCAUCGCCGGCACCGAAAAUUACACGAGCUGCAAUUGAUAAACGAAAAGAGGAUGAGGAGAGAAUUAUGAAAGAGUUGGAUGAACAACGAAAAUUGGAUGCACAAAAAAUUGAAGUUGUUACCGAAAUUCAAGAGAAUCUUAACAAAAUUGAUAUUGAAAGUGAUUCGGCGAGAAAUGUUGAAGAGGCUUUGAAGAUUUUAGGAGAUCCAAAAGCUACCGAAGAUGAUAAACAUCCAGAAAAACGAAUGAGGGCUGCAUAUUUGGUAAGACAUGUUUUUGAGAAAAAAAUCAGAACGUACAGUCCAGAUGUCCAAAAGGUCAUAUCAAUUUAGAACGAAAAAAACUAUAUACAAUUUAUAUUAAAAAAUGAAAAAUGUUUAUAUUGGAGACCGAGGAAAAAAUAAUAAACAUUGUUUCGAAAAAGAAAAAGAGCCAACCUAAACUAAUAAUAAUAAACUAAUUGAGUUAGCUCAACUUGAAAUAUAAUUUGUUUAGGCUUUCGAGGAGAAACGACUUCCCGAACUCAAGAUCAAACAUCCAACCUAUCGUCUUUCUCAACUGAAACAAGUGCUGAAAAAAGAAUGGCAAAAAUCGCCGGAAAAUCCGCUGAAUGCAAGAAUUUUGGCACUCUCAAAGUGA